AUGGCGAAACUUGCUCAGAUGCUCCUCUUGACCUUGGGCCUGUUACUGCUCUCGGGAUGGGCCACUGCCAAAACCGUCACUUACGACUUCAACGUAAGUUGGGUCAAUGCCAACCCGGACGGAAUGCUCGAGAAGAAGGUGGUUGGCAUCAACGGGCAAUGGCCGCUGCCCAUCAUUGAGGUUGACAAGGGCGACCGCCUUGUGGUCAACAUGUACAACGGCCUGGGCGACAAGAACACCAGCAUCCAUUGGCACGGCAUGUUCCAGACCAAUACCAGCGACAUGGAUGGCCCUUCAAUGGUCACUCAGUGCCCAAUUCCUCCGGGAUACAGCUUCACCUACAACUUCACCGUGAACCAGAACGGCACCUACUGGUAUCACUGCCACACUGACUUCUGCUACCCAGACGGCUACCGACAGGCACUUAUUGUGCAUGACAAGGAUGCCUUCUUCAACGAUCAGUACGACGAAGAGCUCACCAUCACCCUCGGCGACUGGUACCAUGGAUUCGUCGAAGACAUUCGCUUCUUGUCUCUCUACAACCCUACCGGUGCCGAGCCUGUGCCCAAUUCCUUCUUGCUCAAUGACACCCAAAACUCUAGCAUUGCGGUCAAACCAGACACGACUUAUCUGAUAAGAUUAGUCAACAUCGGGGCGUUUGUGUCACAAUACUUUUAUAUCGAGGAACACACCUUCAGAGUCGUAGAAAUCGACGGCGUAUAUACAGACCCCACCGAGGCUGAUCUACUCUACCUCUCCCCUGCCCAAAGAUACUCGUUCCUCCUCACCACCAAGAACACCACCGACAAGAACUUCCCCAUCGUCACCGUCGCUGACUCGAAUUUGCUCGAUGUCAUCCGUCCGGAUCUUCAGCUCAACAAUACCAACUGGCUGGAAUAUGACGCCGCCGCUCCACACCCAGAGGCCGUGAUGCAGGUCGAAACCUCAGCGGAUCUCUACCCGUUGGACGAUAUGACCUUGAUUCCUCAUGACAAGAUGGAUCUUCUCCCUGAGCCGGACCACGAGAUCUUCCUUGACGUGAUCAUGGCCAAUCUCCGCAACGGCUUCGGCUACGCGUUCCUCAACAACAUCACCUACACCAAGCCCAAAGUACCCACCCUCUACACCGUCAUGAGCGCCGGCGACUUGGCCACCAACGAGCUCGUCUAUGGCGAGUACACGCACACGAUGGUCCUCAAGCACAACGACGUGGUGCAGAUCGUUCUGAACAACCAAGACGGUGGCGCCCACCCGUUUCAUCUUCACGGGCACCAUUUCCAGGCCAUCGAGCGUUUCCCCACUUACGGCGAGCACUUCUUCGACUUUGCCGACGGCGAUCCGGUCCCAUACGACCCGUCGAACCACACGGCGUUCCGAAGCAUACCUGCUCGUCGAGAUACCUUCGUCCUCCCGCCCAAUGGGUACUAUGUCAUCCGCUUCGUCGCUGACAACCCGGGCGUCUGGAUGUUCCACUGCCACAUUGAUUGGCACUUGGAACAGGGUCUGGCCAUGACCUUUGUCGAAGCCCCCGACGUGAUUCAGCAGACGCACAAGAUCCCUCAGCAACAUUACGACGUCUGCCAGGCCGCUGGGAUUCCGAUCACGGGUAACGCCGCCGCGCACACCGAGGACUUUCUCGACCUGGAUGGCCAACCCGAGCAAGUCGGUCCUAUCGCCAGUGGCUUCACUGCGAGAGGUAUCGUCGCGUUGGUGUUUUCCUGCAUCAGCGCCUUCUUGGGCAUGGCCUUCAUCACGAUAUAUGGCCUGUCGGAACCAAAGGUCCUGCAUAAGGAUAUCUCGACUGAUGACGACGUCACACACGAGAGCGUCCCUGCUGGCGAUGCCGAGCCCAAGGUUGCCGCCGCUGCUGCUACCGGUACUGCGACUGGUAACGGGGCUGCGCCACGGUGA